UUUCGACUUUCAUUCCAUUUAACUUAUUUUAAGUUAAUUUUUUACUGAAAAAAAAUAAAGAAAAUUAACCAUUCUACCCUCUACGAUAGCAUAUGACUGAGUGUAACACUACGCCGUUGUGGAAGAUGCAUGUCGAUAAUUAUAUAAUAUAACCAGACAGAAUCUCGAAGUUCCUAUUAUAUCUCUGUAUUAUAAAAUUCCACAUAAGUAACGUUUUUUAAGAAUGUGACAAACUUAUUGAAUUUCACUCUAUAGCAUCUGGAUUUUAUAUGUAAAAUAUUAAGUGACUAAAUCAAUGUGUUAAUUUUAAAGCUAGAUUUAAUUUUGCACAUGUAACUUUAGAGAUGAAGUAUUUCAAACCAUAUUUCAUUAUUAAGAACUGUGACAAAUGAGCACUAAGUGAGGGUAGAAUAUUUUUCUUUUUGUAACAAUAUGUGAAUUUGCAUAUAUCCUUUUAGAUCUUUUGUGUUUUAGCAAAAUAAAUAGUUUGAUCAGCUCUGUAGUAUGGAUCCAGGAUUUGGGUUCUUUUUUAGACUUCCAUCACAGCUAGAACAUUCAGGAGGGAAUGUCAAUGGAAUUAUGGGGCCUGGAAGAGAUACCUUAAUUAAUAAUUUAAGUUCUUCGGUGAACUUGAAUUUUGAGAAAUCCAAAAUAUCAGUGAGUAGUUCAGAAGAAAGUCCUAAUAGCAGUUUAUCAAAUGGUGUAAUUCCUGUGUCCAUCUCUUCUCCAGAAUCAUUAGCUCCAACUAAAAAACAGAGUGAAAACAUUGCAAUACUCCAUCCUUGCCAUUUAUGUGGGAAGUCUUUUGCAGAGAAGGAUGUUCAUUUUCACAUGCCGUGUCAUUACACUGAAAUUCUGAGCUGCAACAUGUGUAGUGAGAAGUUUACUCUGAAAAAGACACUUCUUGACCACUGUCGAAGUUUACAUGCUAUAACAGAUCCGAUCAUCUGUGAGUUAUGUGGAAAGUGUUUCUCUUCCAUAGACAGUUUUCAGAAUCACCAGGCAAUUCACAAUGGUGAUAAGCCCUACCCAUGUGAAGUUUGUUUCCAGUCAUUUCCUGAGAAGAGCCUUUUGAUGCACCAUUUACGCACCCACUACAGUGAAAAGCCCUAUCGGUGUCAUUACUGUGGCAAAGGUUUCACAUUGAAGGGUAAUCUGAAGAUUCAUGUCCAGGGUCAUGAAGGAGUAAAACCAUUUGUCUGUGAAAUAUGUGGUAAAAAAUUUACUCAAAAAUUAGGCCUGGAUUACCACAUGAACUCACACACAGGGAAGAGACCAUACCCCUGUGAAAUCUGUGGCAAAACUUUCAGCCAGCGAGGCAACAUGAAAACCCACAUGUUAAUUCACACUGGAGAGCGUAGAUUUCCUUGUCCUGAGUGUGGUCGACUGUUUACACAGAAAGGCAACAUGAAAACACAUCAAAAACUACACCUGCGGCAUCCAUCAUUACAGAAGCCAUAUCAAUGUCUUGUCUGUAAAAGAUCUUAUGUAACUCAAGCAAGCUUGCAAUGUCAUAUGGUAUGUCACCAGAAAGUAUCUUUUCAACAUAGAAAUGUUCCAGCAACCAGUACUUCCAUGAGACGUGAAUAAGAAUUUUUCCCAUAUUUAUUCACAAGGCAUUUGUGUUUAUAUGUACCUCAAGUGUAUAAAGUGAGUCCUUGUUAUUUCAGAACUUUCUAGCAUGAACUAAUAUAAACAUUAAAAGCAUAAAUUAGUUCAUAAUCCCUUUAAUAGAUACAGAAUGGUUUUAAUGAAGUGUGACUCACCAAGAUACCACUAUAAUCUGUACAUUGUUUAUUGGACUUAUAACUUUGUUUUCAAAGAAAUGAAAGUGUUGACUGAAGUUUUUGUUUUACUAGUCCAUGUAAAGAACAGAAAAUUGAAUUUUUUUCUUAUCAGCUUAUUAAUAUCUGUUGAGGUACAUGAGAUCUUUUAAAAUCAGUGAAAGUAUUUUCUAUGAUAGAAUCUUGGUUUUUUCAGGAUUUUAAAUAUUUUAUAAAAUUGAGGGACAAAGAAUUUUGUAACAUUAUAUUAAAUUCUACCCUUGAUAUAUGGUAUGCUCAAAAUUAUUAUUUAUAAGAAUGGGACUAUGAUUCAAAAAAUGAAACUACUGGUUCGAAACAUUUUUUAAAGUGAUUAAUCAUUGAGAUCACUCUAAAGGUGAAUACAAUAGAAAAUGUGUUUAAAGUAUUUUUAAUAGAAAUACUUAAAACACUAGUGACUGUGAUGUGUUUUUUAAUGUAAUUUACAGGUGGUACUGAUAUCACUUUUUAAGGCUUUUGUUGAAUAGGAUUCACCAGGGACUUGGUCUGCAAUACGAAUAAACAUGAUUAGUCUAUGAAAACAUAUAACCGUUUAAACUGUACUUUGUGAUUUCACUGCCUUGAAAAAGGUUUGAAUAUAGUUCACUUCAGAUUUCCUCCUCUAAGGGAUGCAUUUGAAUACUAAUUUUUUUCUCAAGUCUGAAAUCUAUUUGGAUGUGACAUCAUUUAGAACUUAAUAUUGUUUAAGAUUAAAAAAUUAAAUAAGAUCUGUAAAAAGUACAAUCACCUUGGAAGGUGUUUUACUAUACCAGAUCAGGAGUGACUACAGGAAAUUUUGAAGAAUGAAAACAUGAAACAUACAUUUUUGCAUAAUAUAUUAAAAGCACUAAAGACUGAGAAUUGCAUUCCUGAAGCUAUUCUUUAUGUGAAGGUGGAAAAAAUAUAUAGGUUGUUCAGGAGUGGGAAUGUGAACUGGUCUUAGUAGUGUGGUUGAUAUUUUUGUGUUUCUAAACAUGGUACAUGUAAUAGCCACAAGUUUUUGCAUUUUUAAGUAUUUUAUACCUUAGAAAAGUAGCUGACAUAACAAAUUUUUUGUAAAAUCUUGAAAACUAAUUUUCAAGAUAACUUUUCACUACUGCAUAUGAUAUAUUUAUAUAGCUAUCUGCUGUACACAGUUCUGAUUAAUUUAAGAGUUUGUAAAAAUAUGAAUUGAGGAAAGACUAUCGGUUAAAAUAGUUUCUCAGUACUUUGCACGACAAAACAUGUCCUAUGACAAAAGUAACUAAAGGAUUGGCUGUAUUUUAAAAUUUCAAACCUAUUCACAUUAAAGUAUGACUUGACAUUUUAUUUUCUGCUGGCUUGUAAUGUUAAUAUAAAUCUUAAAUCAUUGUCUAAAAGUUAAAAGAGUUAUUAUUAAACAGCAGGUGGAAAACUAAUAGAUUAUUGGCUUUCUUUAACUGUGAAACUAAUUACAUCAUUAAAUUGUGUAAUCUGUUUUAUUUUAUAUAUCAAGUUCAUGACAAGAAUCUGCCAAGUGAGAAGUACUGUGUGGUUAUUAUAGCAUGAAGGAGUGUAUGGCAUGCAUUAAUUUUAACAGAAUCUUUAAGUCUUUCAGAAUAUGUAAUGUUUACAUUCACGUAUACUUGGAAAACUCAUGCCUAGGGAUGCUGAUGCAAGUGAGAGACAAUCCCUUCCAUUGAACAUUUGUUUUAAAUAAUGUACAUUGUAUAUUGUAGUUUUUAUUGUAUGUGGAAAUUAAAUAAUCGUGAGUUAAUGAAUAAUGUUAUUUCAUUAAUUAUCUAAGAUAUGGUUCCCAAGCUUUUACUACCACCAAUAUACCAGUUUCAAUAAUCCAAGUAGCUCGUUUACACAACAUUCUUUAUUUGUUGACAUUUCCACUGUAUCUUGUUUACUAAACUGUAAAGUGUAGUUUUUUUGUGUGUUUUUUAGAAAUGAGCAUAAUUUGUGAGCUUUCUUAUUGUUAAGACUAAUGUUUCUAUGUAGCAAAAUAUACAUUAAAGAUGUUUUAGUUCUUUUGUUUU